CAGAAGCAGCAGCAGCAGCAGCAAGCAGAUCUGAACCUCAGAAACCACUGCAUUGAACCUCCGACCUCCAGCAUGCUUGGUGUGAGUAUUUUCCUGGCGCUGACCCUCUGCACAGUGGGACUGGGAUCGUUGCAGGACCGGCAGACGGACUUUGGUCUGAAGGUCUUCUCCGAGUUGGCCCAGCGCUCUCCGGACAGUAACCUGGCCUUCUCCCCGUACGGCGCGGCCUCGGUCAUGGCCAUGGUUCAGCUGGGAGCAGAGGGCGACACCCGGAGGAACCUGACUGCAGCCAUGGGCUUCUCUCUGAGAGAGCGAGGGAUGCCUCGCCAGCAGCGCCUCCUGCAGCGAGACCUGUCCAGCGAGGACGGGGUGGACAUUGCCAGCGCGGUGAUGGUGGAGAGGAAGAUGCACCUGGAGAAGGGGUACCGCCGGGCCCUGGCCAAGACCUUCCAGACCCACCCCCACCAGGUGGACUUCACCAAGCCCGACCAGGCCGUCAGCAUCAUCAACACCUGGGUCUCCGACCACACCGCAGGUACCAUCCCAGAGUUCCUAGCACCUGGAUCCCUGACGGAUGAGACCCGCCUGGUUCUCCUCAACGCCCUUCACUUCCAGGGCCUCUGGAAGGUUCCCUUUGACCCCAGGCUGACGCAGGAGAGGAUGUUUCACUGCGCCAACAACAACCGCGUGCCUGUGCACAUGAUGAGACUCACCAACUCCUUCAACUACGGUGAGUUUGUGACCCGUGAGGGCGUGGACUACGAUGUGAUCGAGGUGCCGUACGAGGGCGGCUCACUGAGCAUGCUCCUGGUGUCUCCGUUUGAGCCGGAGGUGCCGCUGAGCAGCCUGAGCUCCGAUCUGAGCAGCCAGAGGAUCAAGCAGUGGAGGUCUGAGAUGAGGAACGUCAAGAAGCAGCUGGCCAUGCCCAGGUUCUCUCUGAGCUCCGAGGAGAACUUGAAGACGGUUCUGCAACACAUGGGACUGGGAAGCAUGUUCAACCUGGCCACCGCUGACUUCAGCCGCAUCACCUCUGACGAGAGGCUCAGCGUCUCCAAGAUCCUGCAGAAGGUGAAGAUCGAGGUGAACGAGCGAGGAACCAAGGGCUCGGCCGCCACAGGGGCCAUCAUGUUCUCCCGGAUGGCGGUGGAGGAGAUCACCCUGGACCGGCCCUUCCUCUUCCUCAUCCAGCACCAGCCCACAGGUACCGUUCUGUUCGCGGGCCACUUCAACCAGCCGCAGCCGUCCUAACGCCCCCGAAGACGCUCCCCCCACCCACCAUGUAAGACUACUGCCGCUCGUGACGCUGAGCCCGAGCUCCCAUGAUGCAUCGCUCCGCCAUCGCUGCACCUCCGGCCCUGGACUCCCCUCUGGAAACUGGCUGCACCUUUGCAGCAGGACUGAGCUCCCGUUUAUUUAUUUCCCUGGUUGCUGGAGGUGAACCAGGGGUCCCGUACACAAACACUGAUGUCGUCUGCAUUUUUGUCAGAAAUUAUGUUUCUAUGCUGCUUGUUAUAUUUGUGAUGUUACAAAGCUGGAUGUGUAUUUUUGCAGGAUUUAUAUUUAUUAAAGUGAUAACUUUGCA